AUGUCUCUCAGAAUCUCCUUCCAGCACUGCGUCUAUCCAUACUGUACCCAUAACAAGGGACUCGCAAUCGCUUUCCAUGCACGGUGCGUUGAGAUGACCGUUCCUUUUGGAACUCCUCUUCACGAGUACAGCCUUGCUACCGAGCACUCUUAUCCUCAUGCCUCAUUGAAUUAUGAACGACGGAGAGGCCGUGUUCGGGAAUUGAUAGAAGGUGCCCUGCGUAAAGCAUAUGGCAAGCUGUCGCCAGAACUUUGGCACCUUGUGUCCGAUGACGACGAGUUGAUCAGACUUUAUGCCAUAACAGAGCUUUCUCUUCAGCGUCGCAAGACUGAGUGGUCUGUUGAUCCGUCGGUCCCAAUGUUGACCACAGUCGUCAGAAUGGAUGGCGUUGAAUAUGUCGGGACACUGACGAAUUCUCCGCGCAUUGCGAAUCGGCAGACUGAGAAAUUGAUGAAUUCGUCAAUUUCUGGAAACCUAUACAUCUCCAGUGACCACCUGGGUAUCAGACAAGUCAUUGCAGUUCCAAACGAAGACACUUCAGAUACUGCGUAUCCAGCCUAUUGGCAAACAGUAUCCGCGAAGCAAAUGCUUACUUUCCAUGGGGAUGGCCUCAAGCUUCGGACGCUAUUGACUCCUUCGAUUUAUCCUCGAGUUCUUUGGCCUCGUCCAGUAGCACCGUUUGAACUCGGCUCAAUGACAUUUUACUAUGCUGGCUGGGGCGAAGGGUGUCUUGAGGCCAGGUUAAGAACACUGACUUUCAAUGAACCUGGUACAACUGGAUAUUCCGUCUGUUGGGCCAACGACGAGAUGGUCUCAAUCCAUGUUCAUCGCAACAUGGAACAUCACGAAGCCGACCGUACACUAAUGGAUGAGCAAUCUGAUUAUAAAUACCGAAGUCACCUCAAGUGGACAUACUAUCCCAUUCAAAAAGAUGAGUUCGUUCAAGAGGUCUGGCUUCGAGGGUCCGAGAGAUAUGAUACAACCAGACCCCUCCCAUCUCAGGGUGAAGGCGGGUUGCGAUAUCAUUUUUCGACACCAUGGGGUCUACAAAAAUAUAAAAGACCCAGUGACAUAGCUCUAGCGCUUGUCAUGAGCCAAGGCCGAAAUAUUGUUGCCGGGAGUUUCCCAGAUCAUCAUGGACAAUAUACGCCAUAUUCGAACUACCGUCACUGGAACCUUAUAGCGAAAACACCCGUGAACACUCCACGUCGAGUCUUCUUCUCUCCGUCAGACCAUGGAAUUCCUCUGAUAGCUACACAAGGAGUACUAGACAACCAUUUUGCCGCCCCUUCACCGAGACAAACACCGCUUGGUACCGUGCCACGUUUCAACCCGCUUCAUACUCUACACUAUUCUUCCUCGUCCUUGGAGAACAUCACAGAAGUUCUUGUCUGCAAGAGUGAGAAUGAGAAGGACAUGGGUGUGAUUCGACAGUUUGAUUUGGAAAACAGCCGUAUGGUUGAAACUUCUUAUAAGAAGGUCGCUGGGUUAUUGCUUCGGUACGCUGAUGGUAGUGAGGCUAGCGUUGGGUGCUUUCGGUUUGACUGGGCUGAGACACCGCUUACAAGAGGCGAUUCAAGGGGACUCUUUGUUGGGACCAGGCCGGGAAAGAUCGUGCAGAUACCUCCGCAUGUAGCUGCCGUCAGUACUGCACCUCCAGAGGCUGAAGGAGAAUUUACUUGGAUGGAGAUGCCCUGGACUGGAGUACUUGAGUGGUGGUUUAACCCUGAUAGCCUGGACACUAGCCUCACGCAUAUCCUUUAA